AUGGGAAUUAAAGGACUUUCAAAAUUAUUGGCACGAUAUGCACCUAAAUCUAUGAAAGAAGGAAAAAUUGAUCAGUAUAGUGGAAGGGUUAUUGCAAUAGACGCAAGUAUUCUUGUUUAUCAGUUUAUUUCUGCUGUAAGAGAUACAACUGGAGCUACUAUGGUUGAUGAAUUUGGAGAAACAACAAGUCAUAUUAUUGGAACUUUUUAUCGUACAAUCAAAUUAAUAGAAAGUGGAAUAAAGCCAGUAUAUGUGUUUGAUGGAAAACCACCAGAAAUGAAAGAUGGAGAAUUAAAUAAAAGAAAAGAAAAUGCUCAAAAAGCACAAGAACAAUUAGACAAAGCACUUGAAGAAGGAGAUAAAGAACAAGCAAAAAAGUUAAUGAAAAGAACUGCUCGUAUGACUAAAGAACAAUCGGAUGAAGUUAAAAAAUUACUUCAAUUAAUGGGAAUUCCAUGUGUUGAAGCUAACUGUGAAGCAGAAGGUACUUGUGCUGCAUUAGUUAAAGCAGGGAAAUGUUAUGCAACAGCUACGGAAGAUAUGGAUGCACUCACAUUAGGUUCAGAGUAUGUAGUAAGGAAGUUUAGUGCAAGUGACAAUAAAAAAGAGCCAAUAAGGGAAUAUUCAUUAUCAUCUAUUUUAGAAGAGACUGGAUUUUCUAUGGAACAAUUUAUAGACCUUUGUAUUUUACUUGGGUGUGAUUAUUGUGACACUAUUAAAGGAGUUGGUCCUAUUACUGCAUUUGAAUUAAUUCAACAAUACAAAUCAAUAGAAAAUGUUUUAAAACAUCUUUCAGAUAAAUAUAAAGUUCCAGAAAAUUGGAAAUACAAAGAAGCAAGAGAAUUAUUUUUACAUCCUGAUGUAGCAGAUUUUAGUGACUAUAAAUUAGAAUGGAAUAAACUUGAUGAAGAAGGUAUUAAACAAUAUCUUGUUACUGAAAAACAUUUUAAUGAAGAACGUGUAACAAAAGGAAUUGAAAAAUUAAAAAAUGUUAAAUCAAAAAAAGCACAAGGAAGAUUAGAUUCAUUUUUUAGUGUUAAAAAAGUUCCAUUAUCUAAAUCAGAAGCAGCAAGUGGUGUUAAAAGAAAAAAACCAACAACAAAAGCAAAAGAAAGUAGAAAAAAGAAAUAA